GAAGCUGUUAGCCGUUAGCAGCUCUAAUUAGUGGAUUUUUUUCAGCCUAUAUCCAGUAACAUGUUCCCAGUGGCAGCCGAGGCAGAGUGGCGUGUACUGACGGAGUUGCAGUAUUCUAAUCCGGAGUUGGUGCAGCAGGAUCUGAAGCAGGUUCGAUCAGUGUUCUCAGACCUUAGACUGUACUGCGAUGUGUACUGUUUCCCGAACAAACAAAAAAGACAACUGCUGCUUUUGGCUGGAACCAUCCCAGUGUCCUACCAAGGCAUAGAGUAUAACUUUCCCGUGUGCCUGUGGCUGCACCACACUCACCCGGCAGCUCGCCCACGAUGCUGUCUCUGUCCCUCUGUUUCCAUGGCAAUAAACCCCCACUGUCGCUAUGUUGACACCCAUGGCAACAUCCUGUCAUCCUGCCUCCACACCUGGACCAAGGGUCGGUCCAGUCUGGUUCUUUUUGUCUCUGACAUGAAACAAGCUUUUGAGAAGGACACUCCCCUUUACACCAGGCCCCUUCCCCGGUCUCAUACCACCCCUGCAGGUGGAGACAGGUCCAGCUCUGCUGUUGGUCCUGCUCCUGGUCCUGCUCUUGCUCCUGCUCUUGGUCCUGCUCUUGCUCCUGCUCUUGGUCCUGCUCUUGGUCCUGCUCUUGGUCCUGCUCUUGGUCCUGCUCCUGCUCUUGGUCCUGCUCCUGGUCCUGUUUCUGGUCCUGUUUCUGGUCUUGGCCCCUCUGGUCUUAAAAGGCCGGUGCAGAGGUCGUACUGUGAGGACCUGAAGGAUAUUGACUUUAGUCCCGCCCACAGCCCUGUCCAUCAAAACCAGAGCCACACCCUCUCAGGUCCUGCCCCCUCAGGUCCCAUCUCCUCAGAUUCUGUGGAGCUGCUCAGAGCCAUGACUGACCUCACUUUCGACGCUACAACCAGCCAGUCAGAGCUUAGAGGGUAUCACAGCAUCCUAUCAGUGCUCAGUGUGAAUCGUAUACCCCUCCCCAGACUGAACAGCGAGGAGCACAAGAAGAUGUCACAGCUGCCUCCACACAAGUGGCAGAUGUUCCUUCAACUGCUGCAGAGUGAGGGGCGGGGCUAUAGCACACGUGAGCUCCUGGAGGCAGUGCAACUGAGUGAAGAUCUAAUGUCGGCCCAAAGGUUCCUGCAUCACCUGUGCCCUGUGUGUCAGGAGCAUGUGUCCUUCAGCAAGAUGGUGCUGAUGACCCACUGCUGCUGCUUUAUGUGUGAGUCCUGUUUUAAAUCCUGGUUUUCGUCCGUGAUCCGAGAGAAGCCCGUGGAGCAGUUUGUUUGUCCUCUCUGCGGAAAACCAGACUUCAAGAACCCCCUGGAUCUGGACAUGGACUACUUCAACUUGCUGGACACUCAGAUCCGGCACUUCCUGGCUCCAGAGCUGCACGAUCUUUUCCAGAGGAAACUCCGGGACCGCGCCCUGGUCCAUAUGAAGCACUUCUGCUGGUGCUCGCAUUGCUCUUUUGGAGUUGUGCAUGAGUCUGGGUCUCUGAAGAUGGACUGUCCAAGCUGCAACAAGUCCACCUGCUCCCGCUGCAGGUCCCCGUGGAGCUCGGAGCAUCAGGGCAUCUCCUGUGAGGACCUCAGAGUCCGGACAAAGACCAGGACUGGACCUGUGUUCAACUGCAUUGAGUGUCCAGACUGUGGGGAGCUGUUCUCAGGUUCCAGAGGAGGAUGUCUUCACUUCUCAUGCCUUCGUUGUGGGACUCAGUUUUGUGGAGGCUGCAGCUGCCGCUUCUUCCAGGGACAGGCCUGUGGGUUCUCAGUGUCUUGCUCGUCACGGGGGCUUCACGCUCAUCACCCCAGAGACUGUGUGUACCAUCUGAGGGAUUGGAGCAUGUCCCGCCUCCAUCUGCUGCUUCAAUUUUACAGAGGGAGUCCCACCUGGAUCGAACCAGCCAAUCAGAAUGCAGGCCCCGCCCACUCAUCAGGGCUGUGUCUUGAGCUCAGACAUGGCACCGAGGAGCCAUGUGCAAAACCUGCUCUCCACAGGGGCUACUGCAGGUCUCAUUAUGUGGAGCGUUUGGUGCACCUUCUGAACACUCUUGGAGCGGAUCCUGUGGUUGUCUUUUCUGUGGAGGAGCUGGAGAUGGAGCUGCGCCGCUGGAAUCAACCUCUUCCACUUCAGCAGGAGCCACAACCGGACCCGCUCUACCGCGCCCUCCUCACCCAGAUGGUGCUGCAGAAGGUUCCUCUGAAGACUCGCUCUGGACCCGGAGCUGCUGUUUGGACCACAGUCUCCGCCCCCCCCCCCCCCCCUUGAACCAGGACUAAACCCAGACUAGGCCAGAAGUAGGUCAGGACUAAACUAAGACCAAAACAGAAACAAAUUAGAACUAACUCAGGACUAAACCCGGAUUAAACCAGGACUAAACCAUACCUCCUGAGGUCACCUGUUCUCUUGCUAAGCAGGACUGGGCCUGUCAGGAAUAGCAGAGGCUCUGGUACAAACUGUCAUUGUGUCCUUAGGCAUGACACUUCACCCGUCUUUCCUAGUAUGAAUGUGGUGUGAGUGGCAGCCUCACUUCUGUCAGUUUGUCUCACAGCAGCUGUGGCUCCAGCAGUGUCUCACCACUUAGUGUGACGUGAUGCAACUGUGUGUAAGUGUUGUAUAAUGUAUAAAUCCUAAAGAAACUCCUCCCAGCCUCUGGCAGCAGGGGACGCUCCUACAGGGAACACUGUGUAAAGUACUGAUGUAAUAACUGUUGCACGCAGCCAUUUUGUUUCUGGAAUUACUAGAGAUAGACUGAUAUGUGAGCCCAUAUACGGGCUGUCGGCCGCACUUCUCCAGCACAGACUUGCUCCUUAAAGAGUAAAGCUUGAUCUGAACACUUGAUGAGAUACAAAAACGUCACUGCAGCUCUCAAAAAUCUGAGGUACAGCAGGUCUGAAAUUUAAAUGAUAAAAUUAAAAAUAAACAUCUAUAUCGGCCAUGAAAACAAAACAUAUUGAUCGAUCUCUAGUGAUAAUUAGCGUGGUACAGUGCAGCCAUCUGAAAUAAAACGUG